AUGCUCUUCAAGACCUUCGCCGCCGCCGCCCUCGUGGCCACCGCCGCUGCCCUGCCCGGCAAGAGCGCAUACUCGUCUGCCUCUUCCUCCGCCGCCCCGGCAUCCUCCUCUGUCGCCCCGUCUAACCCGGUCUACGGCGCUCCCUCAUCCACCUCGACGCCCUCCAACCCGGCAUACGGCGCUCCGUCCUCCACCUCUACGCCCUCCAACCCGGCAUACGGCGCUCCUUCCUCCACCUCCACGCCCUCCAACCCGUCUUACCCCACCAGCACUCCUCAGUCUCCUCCCAGCUACCCGACCAGCACCCCCGUCUCCCCCGUCUCGCCGCCGCCCUACUCCACCCCGUCGCAGGCGUGGCCCUACGGCAGCCCGACCGGCACCGGCAGCGUGUGCGUGCAGACCUCCACCCAAAUCUGGCGCAGCACCACCUCCGUCACCACCUACGCCGUCUCCGCCUCCAGCGGCUGGUCAUCACCCUCCGGCUACACCACCGGCGCGUGGCCCCCGAGCACCGGCGCCGCCUCGUCGCACUUCUCCAACGUCAACGCCGCCGCCGUCGCCGGUCUCGCUGCCCUCGUGGGCGCGGGUGCUCUCCUCCUGUAA